AUUUUUUACUUACUACUAACUGGAUCAUUUGAAUGUUCUACUCUUGUACGCUACAGAAAACCCUCAAACUAAUCCGAGCGGCCAGACGAGUCCACAACUCUGCAGUGGAAGUGUUGACAAGCCCAGCUCCCGAGGAGACAGUCACUGGAAGUUUUGGGAAGUUUAUCAGUGAGGUCAAGUCUGAGCACUUGUCCUCUGUGGUUCUCCACCGCAGUAAAAGGAUGGUGCUGGACAGCAUUGGCGUUGGUCUCAUUGGCAGCACCACUGAGGUGUUUGACGUGGUGCUACAGCACUGCAAGCACAUGUAUGGCCCUGAUAAUAUCAGCACAGUAUAUGGACGCAGGGGUGUCAGGCUCUCCCCAACACUGGCAGCUUUUGUCAAUGGAGUUGCGACUCACUCCAUGGACUUCGAUGACACCUGGCAUCCAGCCACUCAUCCAUCAGGAGCCGUUCUUCCUGCUGUGUUAGCUCUCAGUGACAUGAUGCCAGCCAGCAGGAAACCCAGCGGCCUGGACUUCUUACUGGCAUUUAAUGUCGGCAUCGAGAUCCAGGGCCGCCUGAUGAGGUUCUCCAACGAGGCCCGCAACAUUCCUAAAAGGUUUCAUCCUCCCACUGUGGUUGGUCCUAUGGGAAGCGCAGCAGCCUGUGCUCGCCUUUUGUCUCUGGAUCCCUCUCAGUGCAGUCAUGCCUUGGCUAUAGCUGCUUCCCUGGCCGGAGCGCCGAUGGCUAACGCUGCCACUCAGUCUAAACCCCUUCACAUCGGCAACGCCUCACGUCUGGGGCUUGAAGCUGCCCUGCUGGCCUCCAGAGGCCUAGAGGCCAGUCCUCUGGUCUUGGAUGCAGUUGCAGGAGUGGCAGGCUUUAAUGCUUUUUAUGAAGACUAUGUACCACAACCUUUAGAUUCCCCCCAUGACGGCCAUGCAUUCCUGUUAGAGGAGCAGGACAUGGGCUUCAAGCGCUUCCCUGCCCAUCUGGGGAUGCACUGGGUGGCCGAUGCUGCGGCUUCUGUCCAUAAGCUUCUUGUGGGAGCUGGUCCUGGAAAGGUCUCCCCACACCAAGUCCAGGACAUUUUGCUCAGAGUCCCCCUGUCUAAAUACAUCAACAGGCCUUUCCCUGAAUCCGAGCAUGAGGCUCGCCACUCCUUCCAGUUUAACGCCUGCAGCGCUCUCCUGGAUGGUGAGGUGACCGUGAAGUCCUUCACCCCAGCUGCCAUGAGUCGACCUGAGCUGCACGCUCUGCUGAGCCGCGUUCGACUGGAGCAUCCCCACGACAACCCUGCUAACUUCAACCUGAUGUACGGAGAGGUCCAGGUGAUGCUUGUAGGAGGAGACACUGUGAAUGGACGUUGUGAUACCUUCUACGGUCACUGGCGCAACCCUCUGACCAACCAGAGUCUGAGGAAGAAGUUCAGGAACAACGCCGAGGCGGUGCUUCCGUCAGCGAAGGUCGAGCGGCUGAUUGAGGCAGUGGACGACCUGGACAGACUUGAGGACUGCAAGGACCUGCUCUCACAGCUGCAAUAA